AAGAAGACAGGGGAAAGAUACAGCAAGAGAAUAUACCAGCAGGGCAGGAGUCGGAACAGACAGAGAGAGGGUCACACAGGAGCCACAGCCGGGGGAAAGGGGCCAUAGGGGGCUGCUCGUUGGCAGGGGGGUGCUCAGAGGCACAGGGAGCAGGGAGAUUGGGCUAAAGCUGCCUGACCCACUUAGCACAAGCUGCGAGACCCUUCCUACCCCUGCCCCGGGGAGGGUGGGAGAAGAGCUCGGGGGCAGUAUGGGAUAGGGAGUCACAGCCAAAGGAGCUCAGAGAGACCCAAGGGUGCAACAUGGAAGUGAUGGAGCAAGAGGAGUCCCAGCAGGAACCCAUCUUCUUUGGAGCAGGACCACCUCCCAUGUGCGAAGCCCCAGAUCUGGGGGAAGAUGCCGGCCUUUACAUGGAGUUCAUGAUGAAGAACUGCUGUUACGACGCCAUUCCUACCAGCUGCAAGUUGGUCGUGUUUGACACCACCCUGCAGAUAAAGAAGGCGUUCCUGGCACUGGUGGCCAAUGGAGUACGGGCAGCCCCUCUAUGGGACAGCAAGCAGCACAGCUUUGUGGGAAUGCUCACCAUCACCGACUUCAUCAACAUCCUGCACCGAUACUACAAGGCGCCCCUGGUUCAGAUAUACGAACUGGAGGAGCAUAAAAUAGAGACAUGGAGAGAAGUUUACCUGCAAAGUUCUUUCAAGCCAUUAAUCUAUAUCUCCCCAGCAGACAGCCUUUUCCACGCUGUAUAUUCACUUAUCAAGAAUAAGAUCCACCGGCUGCCAGUAAUGGAUCCCAUAUCCGGAAACAUCCUGCAUAUCCUUACGCACAAACGUCUCCUCAAGUUCCUCCACCUGUUUGGAGACACUCUCCCAAGGCCACGGUUCUUGCAGAAGACCAUCCUGGAGUUGGGCAUCGGCACCUUUAGGGAUGUGGCAGUCGUGCAGGACUCCUCCUCUGUCUACAACGCACUGGAAAUCUUUGUAGAGAGGAGAGUUUCUGCCCUCCCCGUGGUGAAUGAAUCUGGGCAGGUGGUCGGACUCUAUUCCCGCUUUGAUGUAAUACACCUUGCGGCACAGAAGAUCUAUAACAACCUGGAUAUCAGCGUACGAGAUGCCCUGCGCUUGCGUUCUCUGAGUAUUGAGGGGGUCCUCAUGUGUUACCCCCAUGAAAGUCUGGAGGUGGUCAUUGAUCGAAUUGUCCGAGAACAGAUUCAUCGCCUGGUUCUGGUGGAUGAAGACCAUCGGCCUCGGGGUAUUGUGUCUCUCUCUGACAUUCUGCAGGCACUGGUGCUCACUCCCGCAGGUAUUGACCGCAAUUCCUUGUGACCCGACGAAGCUCAGGAUGUUAAGUAUGUUGCAUUCUUGCGGAUUGGUGUGAUUGGAUGUUUUUGUGGUUGUGUAACCAGAAGAAUGACUCUGGACAUAGUCCAAAAAGGGAAACGGUCUAUUCAGGUCUAGAAGACCAUGGUGGACACUUCCAGGCAAUGCCUUACUGAUGGAGGCCAAAGAUGGUGAAUGGUCGCUGAGCUGUGGAUGGGAUAUCUUCCAUAUAGUCAAGCCUCUUCAAUCCAGUGCCUCAUAAAGUGAUGAUCCCCAAAGGAUUGUAGAACUUUUUCAUAAUGAAUAUCAUUGGACAGUAUAUGGAACUGCCUUCUGUUGUUGGGUUGAUGACUACUCUUGGGUUGAUGGUACCGUCAGCCACACAUGAAGGAAAAAGACAGAACUGACAUUAAUUCCACCAACCUGGAGUAUUGGUGAAGCUUGGUAAGGAAGCAGAUCAUGGGAGAUACAAUGAGCCCACAUAUAGAUAAUGUUUGCACCCCUAUAAUUUAGGGAAUUCCCCCCCGUGGGAACCUUUGGCUGUUGAGAAUCCUUCAUUUAUUAAAGGUGGACAUGGCUACUCACUGUAUCUCUUGAAUGGCAUUGGUGCAGAGUCGGCAUAGACAACCGAUCCCUCCUUGUAAUUGGAUCCUCAGUCAGCCAAUGGCCCAUCACUACAAUUCCCUGAAUAGUAAAUUGAUCAGAACUUAAAGGGAAAGUAAGACCAUAAAUUUCCACAAAUGCAUUUACCCAUUGAGUUUGCACCUUUGUAGAACGUUUGAUAUUUAACGGAAACAUCUUUACCACUGUAGGGCUUUGUGUCCCAAGCUAUGGACAUAUAUUAUAACAUGUUCCACUGAAUGCAGCAGCUUGGGCUUUAUUGAGACCACAAAUAAAAGAUGGCUGAACACAGCAGCAAAGAUACUGCGAAUAUAAAAACAUUACAGAAUAAUGUCUGUGCUAAUCCAAAUGAAUGGUUUUGUGUGUGCCACUAGCAUCAGCUGGGUAGUAUAUGUCUAUAUACACCUCAACACGUGCAGAAUAAAUAGAACUUAUGCUGACAAUG